AUGGCGGUGAAGCUCGGCGGCGGCGGCUACUCCGGCGAGGGCGUGGCGGCGGCUGCGGACUCAGGUUCUCACAAUGAUAUCAACGUGUUGCAGCAUUCUCCAGUCUUCACAAGGCUUGCAGAAGGCCACUCCCCACCUGUCAACUUUGAGAUCAACGGCCACCAGUACAACAAGGGAUACUAUCUAGCUGAUGGUGAGAAGAGAAAGAGAUUUUCCCAAAUGCAAGAAAGUGCUAGAAAGGAUGUGGAACGUGCUUUUGGUGUGCUUCAAUCCCGGUGGGGUAUCGUUCGAAACCCUGCACUGUCAUGGGAUGAAAGGAAGCUUUGGGAGGUGAUGACUGCUUGUGUGAUCAUGCACAACAUGAUCGUCGAGGGCGAGCGUGAUGAGAGUAUCUUCGACCAAGGAUUUGAUUAUCAAGGUGAAAAUGUUGAGCCUCUGCACCAAGAACCGACCACAUUUGAACAGUUUGCCCAAUUCCAUCGUGAGCUGCGUGAUUGGCACACUCAUUUGGAUCUUCAAAAUGACUUAGUUGAGCACGUGUGGGAUCACAUUGGCAACCAAUAG